AUGGACGGGUUCGACGACUUGCUUGCUCAGUCUUCACGCAACGUACUCGAAGACAAUCCGUUUGCUAAUCCGUUUGCUCAACCGCGUUCGAGCUCGCCUGAUCCUUGGGCAAGCUAUGCGCAAGCCCAGCAGGAUUUACAACCGGCACAUACCCAAAUUGAUUACUUCAAGUCGGGUUUCGAAGAGGAGCGGAGCGCUACACCCACUAACGACUCGCAUUUCAACGGAGUUGAGCAGAGCACGCAAGCUGCUGUUGAUCCCCUUGAUGCAGCAGCACAGACAGCCGACGACAAUGAAGACGAACGAGCAACAGGCUCGACUCAUGUAAACUCAGAGUCAGAUGUACCCUCUCGUACACCAGGAUUCGGAACGUUCGUACCUACCGCAGGUAACGACGCCAAAGCGCUCGGACACGCCGAGCCUGAACGCCAAUCUCCGUCUAGGAAACAUGCUAACACUGAGAUGUGGACGGAGGACACCCCUGCUACAACAUCGCCGAUGCUUUCAUCUAAGAAGCCAUCCCCGGCAUCCGAGCGUGCUCCAGAAACAUCAUUAGACCGGCCUCGGUCUCCCAGUCUCCACCAAGCGUUCUCUGCACCCGAGCAUCUCGACGAGCCUCGUUGGCACUCUGCCUGGGAAGCCAACGGUCACACAUCUGCAUUGACAACACCCUCUUUCGCCGCUGCAGCUGCUACUGGGGCUGAUGAUGAUGAUGACGACGACGACACGCCGAUUGGCCAGACAGCGAAGUUCAGAAGUAGGAGCGCAGAACGAGCUGCUCCUGUGACGCGCAGUGAUGGUUCUAUUCCACCGUUGUUUGUGAUUUCUGUCGAUGACCCACAGAAAGUGGGUGAUCCCAUUCGGCAGUUUAUAAUGUAUACUGUACACACUCGGACGUCCUCUCCAUUAUAUUCCAAAUCUUCGUUCUCCGUUCUUCGCAGAUACUCCGACUUCCUCUGGCUCUAUGAAACACUCUCGCUGAAUAACCCCGGCGUCAUCGUUCCGCCCGUACCGGAGAAGCACACCUUCGGUCGAUUUGACGCGCAGUUCGUCCAGCAACGCCGACUGGCUUUAGAGAAGUGCAUCCAAAAAAUAGCCAACCAUCCUGUCCUUGCGAAGGAUUCGGAUUUGAAAUUCUUCCUGGAGAGCGAUACGUUCGCUUUAGAUGUCAAGCACAAAAAAGCGGAGUCGACUCACGAACGGGGUGGACUUAUGGCAUCCAUAGGUCAAACGUUGACUGGACCCCGUUUCCACGAAACUGACGAGUGGUUUGAUAAACAACGGGCGUAUUUGGACGGCCUUGAGUCUCAGUUGCGGGGCCUCGUGAAGUCGAUUGACAUUGUAGCAAAGCAGCGAGCGGAGCUAUCUGCCGCUACGAAAGAGUUUGCCGCCACAGUUUCUGAACUAUCUACGUCCGAGCUAGGACCGCAGCUAAAGCGGUCCCUUGCCGCUUUAGCCGACGUGGAACACGUAGUGGCAGAAGCCCAAAACACACAAUCACAGCAAGAUGUAAUUACUUUAAUGAGCACAGCUGACGAGUACUCGAGGCUCAUCGGCUCCGUCCGAAUGGCAUUCAACUCUCGCAUACGAACAUACACGAAUUGUCAAAAUGCGGAUGCAGAAGUUCGUCGCGCAAGGCAGAUGCAUGAUAGAGCAAAGGCGCAAGGGCGCCUACCUACAGAUAGGGUAGGACAUACCGCCGAGAGGCGGGCUUUGGACGCAAAGCAUGAGUUCGACCAAUGCUCUCGUCUGAUCAAAUCGGAGGUUGCAAGGUUCGAACAAGAAAGGGUAGAAGAUUUCAAGACGGCCCUACAGGCAUUCCUCGAUGGCAUGAUCUCCCGCCAAAGAGAACUUAUCGCCGCUUGGGAAAACUACCAACAAUUAUUAUUGAAUCGGGUUCUCACUUCUGGUCAACAGGGUCAAGAACACGGAAGUCUGGCGACGACUUCUGCGUAA